AUGAUUCGUGAGGGAUACGACGAUUACAGAAGGCACAAACAAGACCAGGUUGAGAAUAACAAAGAGUGCUUGGUGUUGCGCGGUGUGUGGACCAAAAUGAAAUGGGAGAGUUUGAAGGUUGGCGAUUUCGUGUCGAUCAAAACCAAAGAAUGGAUUCCCGCGGACUUAUUAUUACUUCAUUCCAAAGGUGAAGAUGGAAUUUGUUAUGUUGAGACGGCGGCUUUGGAUGGUGAAACAAACCUGAAACAACGGCAAGCAUUGCGGGAAACAAAUUUAAUGCUGAAUUCCCCCGAAGCCCUUGCCAAGUUCCAAGGUACGGUUGAAGUGGAACCUCCGAAUCCAGAUUUGUACAAUUUCGAUGGGUCCAUAACAAUUUCACAUGAAAAGACUCUUCCACUGACCCAGAAUCAAAUAUUAUUAAGAGGCACGAUAUUGCGUAACACUCCCGGGGUUUAUGGGAUGGUGAUUUACGCCGGAGAAGAGACUAAACUUCGUAUGAACGCAUCAAAAAACAUUAGGACGAAAGCCCCUACUAUGCAGAGAAUAUUGAAUCGCGUGAUUAUCAUGGUCUUUAGUUUUGUCGUGUUCCUGUCGAUUUUAUACACGAUAAUGUCAUCGGUUUGGGAAAAGCAAGGGAUCAACAGGUGGUACACCGAAUACGGUGUGAACCCGACGACUACAUUCUUUGGUUUUGUAAUUGUUUUCAACACCAUGAUACCAAUUUCUUUGUAUGUCACCAUGGAAAUAAUAAAGCUCGCCCAAGUUUACUUCAUAAAUAAUGACAGGAGCAUGUAUCACGAAGAAACCGACACACCGGCUGAAGCUCGAACCUCAACGCUUAAUGAAGAGUUAGGACAAGUGAGCUAUAUAUUUUCGGAUAAGACUGGUACUUUGACGGAAAACAUUAUGAUUCUCCGGAAGCUGAGCGUUCACGGAAAGGCAUUCUGUCACGAUUCGGAGAAUUUCAACAAACUAAGUGAAGGCGAACCAUCGGCUUCUACUCCACCCAAAAAAGAGGUCUCGCCGUUCCUUGUUGCUCCCUCGACAAAUCUUCGGCUUAAGGCAUCGAGUCAAAGCAGAAAAUCAUUAUGCGAUGUCAAUUUCUCGAUGAUCGCACCGAUAGCUCCAAGUCAUCAUCGAUGUAAUUCGCUUGAUUCUACAAAGUCCACGAAAGUUUCUAUGAAAACCACCAUGGAUUUGUUGAAUCUCAUAAGGCAUCAACCGAACUCAUCUUUUGGACGAGGAGCCCGAUUUUUCCUACUUUCCGUUGCCUUAUGCCACACUUGUGUUACAGAAAGUGACAUGAAAACCGGUGAAAUAUUUUAUCAAGCCUCUUCUCCCGAUGAGUUUGCCCUCCUGAUGGCGGCAAAAGAAUUGGGAUAUGUUUUCAUCAAUCGCUCAUUGGGAACUGUCUCCCUCAGGUUCAACGACAUCCCCGAUGACGCGGCGACAACAAAUGAUGAUAGCACCUCAACUGGAGUAUAUAAAGUUCUGAAUGUAUUGGAAUUUUCGAGCGAAAGAAAGAGGAUGUCAGUGAUUUAUCAACUUCCGGACGGUAGAAUAUGUUUGCUGUGCAAGGGGGCAGACAACGUUGUCUUGGAACGCCUGAAGGAAAAUUUGAAUGAGAAAGGCAGCGCGGACAACGAAUGCCCAGAAAUUCAUCAAAACAGCCACCAUCGAUCCCAUGACGGAAAAUGGUUAUUAGAAAAAACUCGGCAACACAUUCAAGACUUCUCAAUUGAUGGCCUUCGGACAUUGUUAUAUGCGCAUCGAUACAUUGACAAGGAAGAGUACGACAGGUGGAACGAAUUAUUCCAAGAGGCAUCUAAUUCUGUCACGGAAAGACGAGGAAGGCUUGAGAAAGUUGCCGAACUGAUCGAAACCGAUUUAAAAAUCACUGGAGCGACGGGCAUCGAAGAUAGAUUGCAAAACGGAGUUCCGGAAACCAUUGAGAGUUUGCGCACGGCAGGAAUCAAGGUUUGGAUGUUAACCGGUGAUAAGCGUGAGACCGCAACAAACAUUGGAUAUUCGUGUUCAUUGAUUAAGAAUCACUCGAUAAUAAUAAACAUUGAUCUCAGUGUCAAUCUGAGCGAAAUGUUGGAAAAAUGGCUGAAGGACGUUAGAAAAGGCCGAGUGGAGCACGUGGUGGCGAUCAUCGAUGGGAAAACUCUAAUGUCGAUUGAGCAGGAGUCCGAUUUACUUGAUAUCUUUGUCGAACUCUGCGUUCUGUGCGAGACGGUGAUAUGUUGUCGUGUGAACUCGGGUCAGAAGGCGCUGGUAGUACAGGUGGUUCGAAGGAAACUAAAGGAUGAAGCGGUCACCUUGGCAAUUGGAGAUGGGGGAAACGAUAUUGCAAUGAUUCAGGAGGCGCAUGUUGGAAUAGGAAUUACUGGUCGUGAGGGAUUACAAGCAGCAAGAGCAAGUGAUUACUCAAUAGCACAAUUUAGAUUCCUAGAAAACCUGCUCUUCGUUCACGGUCGAUGGUCAUAUGUUCGGAUCUCAAAAUUCGUACUGGGGACUUUUUAUAAAUGCACGUGUUUCUAUUCAACCCAAGGAAUAUUUCAAAUUUUCACAGGAUUCUCGGGAACGAGUUUGUAUGAACAAUGGACACUUGCAUUUUACAAUACAUUGUUUUCAUCGCUACCGGUACUGGUCAUUGGAAUAUUUGAAAAGGACUUAAAUGAGAAAACACUUUUAAGCAUACCCGAAUUGUAUCGAAGGGGACAAAGAAAUAUGGAAUUUAAUGUGCAAACAUUCUUGGCAUGGAUGCUUGGAGGACUGUAUCAUGCCUCGGUGAUAGUUCUAGUGCCGACACUGUUACAUGAAUAUUUCGUAAAUAAUCAGCAAGCGCAGUCACCACAAUUAUUCGAAUUCAAUAGCGUAUGCAUGCGUGGUAUUCGUGGUAACAAUAAAAAUUGCGUACUUGGAAUGCCACAAUUGGACAAUAAUGACACAUGCGACAUCAUUCCUAACAUUAUUCACGUGCCGGUUUAUUCGGUUAAAGGAACAUUUCAAAAUUUGGCGGUGAACCCGAAAUUUUGGGUGCUAUUACUGUUAACGGUCUCGACUGCGUUAAUACCAAGUCUCAUAAUAACGACCGUUAGGAAGAUGGUUAUGCCCAGUGAUGUGGAUUUUUACCAAGAAGUUGAAAAGGACGAGAAGCGCCUGGAAGAUGAUGAGAUUGAUGAGGUGGAUGGAAAAAUUUGCGAGAAAAUAGUCGUAAUAAAGAACGAAGGUGAAGAGAUCACCAAAAGAUUCGCGUGA